AUGGCAGCCGCUGCCAAGCACCUCACCCCGGUGACGCUGGAGCUGGGGGGCAAGAACCCCUGUUACGUGUCGGACACGUGCGACGUGCGCAGCGUGGCCCGGCGGGUGGCCUGGGGCCGCUUCUUCAACGCGGGGCAGACCUGCGUGGCGCCCGACUACGUGCUCUGCACCCUGGAGGUGCAGGAGAAGCUGCUGCCCGCCCUGCAGAAGGUCAUCACCGCGUUCUAUUGGUGCAGUGGCCUGGGGAGGUACCACGGCAAGUUCACCUUCGACACCUUCAGCCACCACCGCGGGUGCCUGCACCGCAACAUGGGCCUGGAGGCCCUCAACACCCUGCGCUACCCUCCCUACAGCCAGCAGAAGCUGGGCUUCCUCACGGCCGCCUUCGAGAUCAAGCGCAAGGGCACCUGCACCCUGCUCUGA